UGGCAACAACAUCUCCCUAGCUCCUCCACCCCAGCUGCCCCUUUGUCCUCCUCCACCUAAACUCAUUCCCAUCUCCUCCAAAUAUACAAACAAACAAACAAACUCAAGAUUUCACUCCACCAAAUAAUUCAUAAAUUUAUCUAAUUUCUCCAUAAAACAAAUAUGUCAAACAUCACAGGUGGUGAUGAAGGGAGCUUCUCUUCUGGAGAAGUCCAACAGCAGCCAGAGAAGCACUCCAACCCCGCUGCCACCUCCACCAACAGCAAUGGCUCCUCCGCCUCUCAGCCGCCGCAGAAACAGCCCCAGCCUUCAGCUAAGAAGAAGAGAAAUCUUCCAGGAACUCCAGAUCCAACGGCGGAAGUGGUGGCGCUGUCCCCAACGACGCUGAUGGCGACGAACCGGUUCGUGUGUGAAAUCUGCAACAAAGGGUUUCAACGAGACCAGAACCUGCAGCUGCACAGAAGAGGCCACAAUCUGCCGUGGAAGCUGAGGCAGAGAACCACCACCGAGGUCAAGAAACGGGUCUACAUCUGCCCCGAGCCCACCUGCGUCCACCACAACCCCGCCCGCGCCCUCGGCGACCUCACCGGCAUCAAGAAGCACUACAGCCGCAAGCAUGGCGAGAAGAAAUGGAAAUGUGACAAAUGCUCCAAGAAAUACGCUGUUCAGUCCGAUUGGAAGGCCCAUCACAAGACUUGUGGCACUCGCGAGUAUAAGUGCGAUUGUGGAACUAUUUUCUCAAGGAGAGAUAGCUUCAUCACUCAUAGAGCUUUUUGUGAUGCACUGGCUGAGGAAAACAGCAAGGUGAAUCAAGGCUUGUUGGGCCCAAAUUUAUCGGCCCAACUUCCUGAUCUAAUGUCCACCAUGCCCAUAACCUCCAACACAAACACAUCAAUGGGAUUCAACAACCCAUUAAAAUCACUCCCCCAAGAUCUCCUCCCAAUCCCCUUCAAGCCCAUGAACAUGCCCGCCGGCGCUACCAUGUUCUCCUCGGCUUCCGGCAACCUAUUCGGCAGCCCGCGAAGCAUGCCCUCGUCGUCAUCGGGGCUCCAGCUCAGCUCAAACUCCAACCAAGCAGGCUACAGCUACCACCAAGACAGCAGCAAGCAUUUGGGCCAAAUCUUUGGAUCGGCCCAAAUGUCGGCCACCGCCUUGCUGCAAAAGGCGGCCCAAAUGGGAGCAACGGCUACCAACUCCCCUAUGAUGCAGAAGAACUUCGUCAGCACCAUGGCAGGCCCAGACCACGUGUCGAACCGGCCCGGCCCGGCUGUGCAUGGGUACGAGAGCUUCCAUAACGAGCCAUUCAGCAGCGGGUUCUCGACCCAGAUGAUGCACAAGGGCCCGCCAGAGCUCUUCGAGGGAGGGGGCGAUAUGGUUAUGUACGGAGGGAUGCUGAUGGAUCAGAAUAUUCCGGCGCCCGGAUUCUUGAAAAACAUGGUGGAAGGGAGUGGUGAUGGGAGAAUGGGCGGCGGAGACGACAUGACGACGGUGGAUUUCUUGGGGGUGGGAGGAUCAAGAGGGCAGAAUUUGGAGAUGAAUCAGCAGAGAAUGCAAGUGAUGCAGAAUAAUAACAAUAAUAAUUUCCAUCAUCAUCAGCAUCAGCAGCAGCAGCAUGAAGAAUCUGAUAUGGAAAAGCCACUCUACAACACAUUCUGAAAUAAGUAGCUAAUUCAUAUUCAAGAAUUUGAGAUAUUGUUGAUUCAACUUAAACUUUUACUCAUGCUGGCUCCAAUCUACAUGGAUAUUGUUUUUUGUUAUAGUAAAAAAAGAGAGAUCCCAACUUAAAAUCAAUACAGUAGUGAGAUCUACUGUAUAUUAGAUGUAUUUUAUGCUAUUUUACGAAGUCUAGUUCAUAAGUUUUACUCACUUUUUUUUAUAACAAAUCCGUUUUUACUGGGA